ACCGGCUCUCUGUUAACCACUAACCAUUAACUGUCCUCGUUUCCGGCCCCCGGUGCGUUCGAUCGGGGCGACCGUGGACCAUGUGAGCAUUCAAACCAAUUAUGUAUCCUGGCAGCAGUUUACGGCCUGGCUCAUCUUCUGGAGAGGGAUUUCUGUAAAUGGGAUCAGACUGCUUACAGGGAAUUAUCAUGACGCACCUCUCUGGCUGGAAUCUGGAGGAUCUUCCUCAAUCCUCCUCCAGACAGUGAAAGGGACAUCACAAUUAGCCUCACCUGUUGAUUUUGACAUUUUUGGAGGGAAAGUUUGGGACAGAGGCAAGGGGGAAAAGUGUGACCCUGUGUUCUGUCAUCCGUCUGGGUGAGUUUGGUGAGUUUUCUAUUUAGGGUCCUGCCAUUAUGGGAGAGGAAAGGGCCCUGAAGUAAUAACAGCACUCCUCUUUCCUUACCUCUCCUUCUCUCUGGGAUGGAUUACAGACCUUUGGCUGAGCUGACACUCCUGCCCUGCUGAAACUCUGCUGCCUGGGACAUCCAAAAGACGGACCAGACCUUCAGACAUUAGAGCUAUAUCUCAUCUCAGUAGUGUAUUUUAAUUUUAGGAAUCUCCCUAAAUUGCCACCAUGGCACUAAUGAAGGUCAAGUUUGACCUGAAGAAGCGGGUGAAACUGGCCCAGUUCGUAUGGCUGAUGUACUGGUUCUCAUUGAUGGCAGGCGUGCUGGUCUUCAGCAUGGGGCUGUUCUUUAAGAUCGAGCUGCGUAAGCGCUCAGAGAUGAUGGACAACAGUGAGAGCCAUUUCGUUCCUAACCUACUAAUCGGCGUGGGGCUGCUGGCCUGUGGGAUCAAUGCCAUGGGAGGCAAGAUCUGCUAUGACUCCCUGGAUCCCAGCAAGUUCUCCAGGUGGAAGCCUAUGCUCAAACCCUUCCUCGUCUCCUGUGUGGUUUUCAAUUGUCUCCUGGUGCUGACGGCUCUGCUCUGCUUCCUUAUGAGGAUCCCUCUCCAGUUCACGUUGGCCGAGGGCCUGAAGAACGCCCUGAAGUUCUACAAGGACACAGACACGCCGGGACGCUGCUACAUGAAGAGAACCCUGGACCAGAUGCAGAUGGAGUUCCGUUGCUGCGGCAACAACAACUUCAGGGACUGGUUCGAGAUCCAGUGGGUCAGCAAUCGCUACCUGGACUUCAGUGCCAAGGAAGUAAAAGAUCGUAUCGGCAGCAACGUGGAUGGGAAGUACCUGAUGGAUGCUGUUCCAUUCAGCUGCUGUAACCCAGGCUCCCCUCGGCCCUGCAUCCAGUACCAGGUGACCAACAACACGGCCCACUACUCCUACGACCACCACACUGAGGACCUGAACAUCUGGAAACGAGGCUGCCGCGACGCUCUGAUUUCCUACUACGGAGGCAUGAUGAACAGCAUAGGAGCCCUGGUGCUGCUGGUCACUAUUCUGGAGGUUAUUGUGAUGAUCGGCCUCCAGUACGUGAAUACCUCCCUGUCUAACCUGGCCAACCCAGAGGACCCAGAGUGUGAGAGCGAAGGCUGGAUCCUGGAGAAGACAGUGAAGGAGACGUUUACUGACAUUAUGGACAAGAUGAAAGCCAUGAGUAAAGGCAAUGCAGUGGACGAGGCCGGAGUGGAUGGUGUUGCCACGGGCAGCUGAACAAGACAUGUUGACACAAACUGAGACCAUUCCCAUCGAAGGGAAGAAAGGCAGAUUGAACAACUCCUUUGUAUUUAUUACACAAGAUACACACAUAAUACACACAUACAUGCCCGACACACACAAUACUGUCCAUCUGAAGGGAAAACUGAAAUGGACACAAAUGGACUCUUGAGUACAUGUCAGCACUUACGAUAUGUUGAAUGUACGAAUGCAUGAAUGUAUGUAUAAGUCACAUUAUAACCAAUUUCCAAUAUGCCCUCCCCCACUCCAAUACACACAGACUAACACACAAUACACACUUUCUCUAACACUCAUACCUUUUCCACACACACACACACACACGCACGCACGCACGCACGCACGCACGCACGCACGCACACACACACACACACACACACACACACACACACACACACACACACACACACACACACACACACACACACACACACACACACACACACACACACACACACACACGUGCACACACACACACCUCUCCUCCAACCCCAGCUUUGCUACUCUGCUUCAGUUUUCUUACAUUCUGUAUAAUUCUGCUCUGUUUCAUAUUUUAUUUUUAGCCCAUUUUCUAAAAAACGAGGCAAAAACUAAACAUUACCAAGUGUCAGGAAAAUGCAUAAUGUCAGAUGUUUUGCAAUGCACUGUGAAAAUGCAUUUUUAAGAGUAAGGUCAGGAAACCAGGUAUGUUGUGUUUUAUGGAUAAUGUGGGGCUGGUGGUUGCGAUGCAACCCGCUCCCCUUCCCAGAGAGGACGUCAAAGUGGAAAGGUUAAAUGUUAAUUCAUAGCCCAAGGAAUAUAUGUUUUGGAUUCACCUGUAGUGCAGUUUUUUCUAUUAGAUCAUUCAUAGAAAAAUCCAAAGAAAAGGACUGAAACACCCCAGAUAUCAACGCUUUAAAGUUCUUAAUUUCUAACUGUUAAUUUGAGAGAUGGAGGAGGGCUGGAGACUCCUGGGCUGGAAGAGGUGGAUCCAUUUCACCCUAACCCGAUGUUGUUGAAGUUUGGGGAGGAGGACUGGAGACUCCUGGGCUGGAAGAGGUGGAUCCAUUUCACCCUAACCCGAUGUUGUUGAAGUUUGGGGAGGAGGACUGGAGACUCCUGGGCUGGAAGAGGUGGAUCCAUUUCACCCUAACCCGAUGUUGUUGAAGUUUGGGGAGGAGGACUGGAGACUCCUGGGCUGGAAGAGGUGGAACUCUUUUAUGCUAACCGAUAUUGUUGAAGUUUGGGGUUGAGGGGCUAAAGGAGACGUGGCGGGGGUGAACCAGGGGUGACCCCAAAGUUGAGGACAUUUGAGACUGGCAGCUAAACCCCUGGCCUCUGACCCCUGAACUCUGACCCCAGCCGUCUGCUCUGUGAGGUCACUCAGCAGGUCCAAUCAGCAUUCUCUUAUUGGAUUAUCAAGAGCUACUGUACAUACCCACACACUCACAGGCUACUGUUGUCUUUGUAAAUAGUCUAGUAUUGAUACAUAACUUUUUUUAAACCAUGUAAUUCAUUUAAAUGAUUUUAUUUACUGUAAAGAAAAUGUUUUGCCAUGAGAAAUCCUUCUGUUUUUCUUUCUGUAUGUUGUGUAGAAGGAUGAUGAGGCCAUUGUGUAAAUGAAAAUGCUAAUAAAGAAGCUAGCCCUGUGAAGUAGA